CCUCCCACUCCCUCACCCCUUUAAAAAACCAAAAACCCUUGUAAUAAAUACACAGUCAAGCAAAAUCAACUUCCUCAUGGGCCGUGUUAAUAAACAGUCUUAUUCUGCACCCCAUCUCUGUCAGGAGGUGAUAGUAUGUUUCCUCGUGGGUCCUUGGUGGACUGGUCAGCUGGGUUUUCGGGUGGGGGAAGGGUCUCUGAGCCCCCCUCUACUCUCCAGCUCCGUUUCUCAGUCUGUAGGUUUGGGGCUGUACUCCCUGGUCGGCGUAGAAAGGGCGGGAGGAUAGGCUCUUGGAUUUCUGAGGUUUUCCUUCUUUGCUGGUAUAGACCAGUGGGGUGCUGACCUCGCGGGCCUCUGAAGUCCUCAGUUUUUCCUUGGUGGAAAUGGGCGCUGAGCUCACUGGCCAGCGGGUGCUCUGGACCGCGAGCCUCGGGGAGAACGAGUCUCCUCCAGACACACACCCGUACGCACGCACGCACACUCGCGCGCACUCUCUCACACACUCGUCGCGGGGCGAGCGAGCGAGGAUCUGCGGGUGGCGGACGUUGGCCCCGCGCCUCGGGGUCGAGCGGAGCCAGCUCAGGUGGGAGGAUGCUGCCCGGAGGAGCGCUCGCUCGCUUCUCGCUGCUGCUGCUGCUGCUGCCGCUGCUGCCGCUGCCGCUGCUGCCGCUGCUGCCACCAUCCCCACUUCCUAGGCGCUGCCCCAGCUCUGCCCCGGCUCCUCCACCUCCAGUCGGGCCAGCGUCCAGGCAGCGCCUCCACCCAUGCCUGCAAGCUCUCCGUUCGUCCUCUCGCGGGCCCCUUUCCAAUUUAACCCCGGCCCCUCACCCAGAAUCCUAUUUGGGGUUCCCUUUAGGCCGGGCCUCUGAGCCUGCCCGUGGCCCUGAUCCUGUGGCCUCCUCAGGUGGGGCCUCCAAAUGGGACCUGGCUCUAGGCCUUGAGUUAGUCCCUAAGGCCAGCCUAGGCUUAGGUCGCCAGGGUGCCCUAUGCCCUCGCCUGGCUCUCCAAUUAAAACCCAGAUCAGGUCCCAGCUCCAUUCCUGGGAGGCCUGUCGAGGCUGCCUUGCUUCACGUUCUCAGUGCAAGCUCCUCUCCUCUGUCCCAGAGGCCCUCUUCGGCCCUCCACCUCUCCUGGGGUCUCCAACCCAUAGGAUCCAGGCUAACCUUCAGGCUGUAUCAGCCCCGGGGCUGUGGCCUCUGCCAGGCCUGGAAAGUGACCUGCAACCCUUAUCUUGAGGCUGGUGGCAUCUCCUGCAUUCCUGGCAAUACUCAUGGCCAAGGAGACCCCAGCUGGACACUGGCCCACCUCCCUUUGCCAGGCUGGGGAUGGGACCGUGGGGCCUGCCGGGUCAUUAGCCAGGCCCUGGAGGGCCACCUGCACCUAGUCAAUAGCAGCCUAAGCAUCUGGGUGAGGGGCAGUACUCUGCACCUGAAUCUCCAACAGGCUCAUACGGGCUCCUAUGGUCCUGGCGUCUAUUACUCCAGGGCAGCCCCAGGCAUUGGCAGUGCCCAGCAGUCCCAGACCCAUCUCCUUUUUUAUCAGCAGCAAGGCCUGUCCUGGCUGUUCACUUUGGAUUUUCUUGGGAGUCACUGUGACCACUUGAGUGUGCACCUCUAUCUCAGCCCCAAAGGGGUGGUCUUCUUUGGGACCAGACCCCACAAAGACCUGGAAGUCCACUUCUUCAACAGCGGCCCCUUGGGGCCCCAUGGGCUCGUCUACCUGGUGUGGUUCAUCCCCUUACAACAUCCUCUCCUGCACAUCCAGUGGACUUUUCACCUCCAUCUCCCUGGGACCAGCCUCAGACACAACCGGACGUAUACUUAUCGGGACAGGCUCCCCAGAGCCUCCAGCUUCAUUCCUCGUUCAGUCCUGCCAUUCCACCCUGAUGUCUAUGCAGGCUUCAUGGAGAAAGCGGAUUGCUCCACAAACAGUCUGGAGCCAGCCAUCUUAGAAGCCUCUCUGGACAUGUACGGUUCCAAAGUGCUCAAGUCUACUGUAGCCUGCGUUGAGAACCCCUGUUUCAUCCAGGAGGUGAGAAUCAAGGAGGGUGACAGUGUAGAAAUGGAUGCACAGUAUCCCUUUACCAUUAAUACUGCUGUGCGGGUCAACUGUAGCAUCCCCCAUAAAGUGAAGCAUGACUGGAAUUUCUACCUCAUCCCCAAUGUAAACACCACUCCAAACUGGAACAGACCCUUGGAGACGUGGUGGACCAAACAAAUGAAGCACUCUUCCAUCUUCUUCGUUCCCGAGCGAACCUUGGUAAAGGGAUUGUAUUUGGUGCGUUUCUCCGUGACUGUCACCACGGCUAAGAAGCAGCUAAAAGCCUCUGCUGAUAUGUUUCUUUCCGUUACUAAAAGGUCGUUUCUAGAAGCCAUCAUUGAGAAAGGGUACCUCCGCAAGGUGGCUUUCAACGAGAGCUGGACUUUGAAUGGGUCAGCAUCCUCAGAUUCCAGCAACCCUGAUUCCAACCCUUCUGAGGGCCUGGACUUUAGGUGGUACUGCACCACCAACAGGUCCCACUUUAGGUUUGUGAUCGAGCCUGCCUCCACCACAGACACUUGCCUUCCCCAGCUGCCAGACUUGAGGUGGAUUCAGGAAUCUGGGCCCGUGCAUACCGUGUUACCAGAAACACUCCGAGGCAACCAGGUGUAUUAUUUCCGCCUGGUGGUUCAGAAGGAUGAGAGGAAAGCGUAUGCUGAUCAGAGGGUCACUGUGACUGCUGGCCCCACACCUGCCACAAGCUUUUCAUGCAUUGAAAAUUGUGAAAAUAACUUAAUUAUCACAGAUCGAUUUACCUUGUCUGGAAAGUGCACAGACUGUGGAUCAGCUACUGUCUACUAUCUUUGGUCACUCUUUUCUGUCUCAAAGAAGGAGAUCCCAUUUGAUUGGGUCCGUCAGACCACCACUGGGAGAAGCAACCCUUACUUGUCAAUCAAAGCUUCUGCUUUUAAAGGUUUUCAAGACCAGUUCUGCUUCAUUUCUCUAAGGGUGUCAAACUGGGGGGGAGGGUUCUCAGUUUCUAACCAUUCCUUUUAUAUCAAUUCUCCACCUCACAUUGGCCAGUGCAACGUUCACCCUGACAAAGGCGCAGCCCUAGUGACCAAAUUUGUUGUCCAAUGUAGCAACUUUAGAGACUUUAAUCUACCUCUCAGUUUUAAAAUCAUAGCUUCCAAUUUCUGGGAUGUGGAUUACAUCAGUUCUUUAGAGCAGAAUACUCUGGGGGCUGUGAUGUACUUUGGGGCUCAGCCUGUGACUCCUCCUUCUUUUCUUCCUCUCGGGAUGCCAGCCAAUAACUACUUGGUGACAAUAUAUGCUCAGGUCUAUGAUUCUCUCGGUGCCUUCUCCCAAGUGACCCUGUAUGCCACUGUGAAUUCUCCCCUGGACAAAGAUUCGCCAAAUACCGUAUUGGGUCACCUGCUCAGCCUCACUCAGAAUUCAUCUGAUGCAAUGCUGACCACUCUGUUUCAACAGGGGCACUUUGUCCAAGCAGGCUAUCUCGCCUUUCUGGUGGCUUCUGUUUUAAAGGAUGUGAAGCCUCUGCCCGACUUCGAAACAAACUACACUGAGAUCCAGGAACGCCUCAUCAAUUUUAGCAAACACCUGCCCACCAAUACCCUGGUGGAAAUUAGCCAAGUGACGAUAACCAUCCUGGUCCUCACCCAGGAAGGUUCCGGCUUGACUGCAGCUGUGCAGAAGGCGGCCAUCCACAGGCUAAUGGAAAUUAACCUGGCACUGCAGAGAUACAGGCAAAGGGAAAAACAUUUCCACUCUGAACAAAUAGAAGUUGUGAGUGUUGGCAUCUCAACCAGUUUGUCUAAUAUCUUCAAAACUAGUACUCACAAGGAUAUAGUUAAUGAAACUCUCUAUGUCGUGGGGUGGCUGGCAGAUACAGUAUCGUCUAUUAAAGUACCUGGGGAGAUGGAGACAGUCAUAUCAACCCCAAACUUCAAAGUGCACUUCAAGAAAGAGGAAAAGCAAAAUGUCAUAGGGGCCUUCUUGGCCAAGAAAGACUGCCAAAAUUGUUUUUACCCAACACUGAGAAAAAGUAAUGUCACUGAUUUGGAGAGGCAAGGCCCCAUUUCCACUGUGUUCUAUGAGUUUAAGGAUGACCCCUUCCCUUGGCUGAGCCAAGAAGAAAGCCUCUCCGUAGAUGUGGUUGGUUUCAAGAUGAGUGAGACCACAGAGAAUGGGGACCUCUUGGAGGUCGAACCAGAGGUAGUUGAAGCAUUUAUCGUUAGAAAAAACCUGAAGGAAGCUGUCUUUAAUCUCACCAUGGGACCCGAUAAAGACGGCCUCAAAAUGACCACAGGAGUCUUUAAUUUUGUGGCGAACGGAGGCUACAAGGAGGUAUUUAUCCACAUCAUCACAGAAGUGAAAGUCCUCUUCAAGGCUUGGCUCUACGUGGGCAGCAAUGUCACCCACACGCUCCCCAUCGCUUCUUUCUUAAUCCCCCCCGACAUGCCGCCGGUGGCCAACAAGAGAGAGCUGUUUGAUCCCACCUGCAAAGUCAAGGCCCCCUACCUCCUCUGCCUCAGUCAGUCUCUGCUGCAGGCCUCUGCCCGAGGCAGCGACUCAGCCGAGUGGCUCCUCUCCGUGGUCGUGCAAUCCCCUCAUAUCGUCAUGAAGCCGAAUAACAAACUGGUGAGGAUUUCCGUUUUCGCAGCGCACUGUCUGAACAUGGAUGGCGUUGAAUCCGAGUGGGGAAGGAAAGACUGCGCGGUGGGGGAUGGUAUCAGCUGGUGGCGCGUGCACUGCAUCUGUCACCUCAAGCCCAAGCCCAAGCCCAAGCCCAAACUAAGGAAGCCCUGGCACCACAGGUCCAGGAUCAAAUACCUGACUGCUCGAAUGGUGGUGAUCCCCAACAACAUUGACCUGCGCCCGGUGGUCAUCCUGACCGUCCCCCAAAAUCCGGUGAGCCUCUUCACCGUGAUCUUCAUCUUUUUCACCUACCUGGUCCUGGCUUUCUGGGCGAUACACAAAGAUAAAACGGACAGGUUUCUCCGGGAACACGUGAUCAUCCUGCCUGACAACGACCCUUACGAUCACAUUUGCUACCUGGUCACCUUCUACACGGGGAGCCGCCUGGGCGCUGGCACGCGAGCCGACGUCUUUCUCCAGCUCCUCGGGUCGGACGCGUCCAGCGACGUGCACUGCCUGAGUCACCCCGACUUCACCACCUUCUACCGGGGCAGCACAGACACCUUCCUGCUGACAACCCGAAACGACCUGGGGGAUAUCCGGGCCAUCCGCGUGUGGCACAACAACGAGGGCAGUCAUCCCAGCUGGUACCUGAGCCGGGUCAAGGUCGAAAACAUCUUCAACCGGCGCAUCUGGCUCUUCCUCUGCCGCUCGUGGCUCUCGGUGGAGUCGGAGUCGCUGGAGCAGACCUUCGAGGCGGCCGACAAGACGCAGCCGCUCCACAGGAAGGACUACUUCCUCAUCCAUGCCUCGAACCUGCUCAGCACCAGCCACCUCUGGCUGUCGGUCUUCUCCAGCGUGGUCACGGAGCCCUUCAACCGCCUGCAGCGGCUGUCCUGCUGCCUGACCCUGCUGCUGAGCACGCUGCUCUGUAACAUCAUGUUCUUCAGCUUGGACGAGGAGGCGGAGGCGGAGGCCAUGUCCGCGGAGCUGAAGCAUCUGCGGGGGCUGAUGAGAGGCAUCGAAAGCGCCCUGAUCUGCGAGCCGCUACAGAUGGCUGUCAGCGCGCUCUUCACCUACUCGCAGAAGAAGGUUGGCGCGGUGCCUGCAGCACAGGUAGCUCCUCGCUUUCACGCCUUCAUGACGUCUGACUUCCGCAACUGGAAGGAGCGCCUGGAGAUGUGGUACCACCACGAGACUGCCGAGCCGAAGGCUCAGGGCCAGGGUGUCCCCGCCAAAAAGCAGGCUCCGGGGAACAACGUGAUGCUUCCGGAGGCAGCGGCCAACGCCCUCACAGAAACAAAGGGGAAGCCCCCCAACUCUAGGCUCCAGCCUAAGGCAGCAGUUUCCCCAGAACAGAACGCCUCCGCCCCAAAGGCCAAGGAGAGGAAGGGUCAGACCUCCGGAAAAGCAGGGGGUGGGGCCUUGAUUUCAUCGCCCUCCAACGUAGUAGAACAGGGGUCAGAGCAAGUCAAGAAGUCAAGUCGACAACCUGGACGGAGGCGUAAGAAAGUGAUGCUCUUUGAAGCCAGGCCUCGCUUUGUCCUGUACUGGUGGUGUGUCUACAUAGCCUGGCUCCUGGUCAUCUGCAGCUCUGGCGUGUCCUCCUUCUUCAUCAUUAUGUACGGGCUAACCUACGGAUACCAGAAGUCCAUGGAAUGGCUGUUUGCCUCGGUGUCCUCUCUGUGCGAGUCUAUAUUUGUGAUCCAGGUGGCCAAGAUCCUGCUUUUGGCCGGCAUCAGGUCAGGCAGAACCAAGUACUGUAAGAACAUCCCGUGGACCACGAGGUACAAUUACAUCGAGAUCCGACUGCAGGGCUUGAACUUGGAUGCUGACGAUGCAAGAGAGCUGCACUAUGAGAUCGUCCGGGUGCGCGGCACGAGAAUGUACCAACCCUUGGUGGAAGAUGAAAUCCGAAUAUUCCGGAGGAGGAAGAGAAUUAAAAAGAGAGCCAUCGUGUUUUUGCGGAACAUCGUCAACCAUUUCAUCUUCCUCGCUCUUUUGUUGUGCAUCGCCUCCCUCACUGGGCACUCCCACAGCUUCCACCAUAACCAGGCUGUCCGGAGUCAGUUUUCCACCAGCCUCGAGAAGGUCAGAGAACCAAAUGACACCUACAGGUGGCUCACCGGUGUCCUGCUUCCCUUGAUCCACAACAGCCAGAAUCCAACUUUCCUCUCUAAUAGCUGGUCCAGGAUUCUUGGCUUGCCGAGGAUGCGGCAAGUGAGGGCAAAGUCUAUCAGAAAGUCCUGCUUCCUCUCCGGCACCACCGCCAAUAGGUUAAUGAAAAAGGGCAUCCACUGUCAGCGUCGAUACAGCCCAUACAUGGAGGAUGGGAAAAACUACGGGAGAUUUUGGGCCGCCCCCACUGACUCUUCUGUGAACUUGAGGCCGGUCAGCUUUACUUACGAGCCAAAGCCCCGCAAAUGGGCCUAUUAUUCUUAUGGACUGGCUCAUGCCUACGGAAUGGGGGGGUACCCGUUUUAUUUCUUCCCUGACCAGCAGCAGUACAAUUCGACAGUAAGGCUGCAGGAACUUCAGGAGAGCGGGUGGCUUGAUGAAAGAACGUGGGCUGUGAUCCUGGAACUGACCACCUUUAGUUCGGACGCCAGCUUAUUUUGUACCAUUUCGGUGGUAUUUGAAUUCUCCCCGUUGGGGGUCAUCGAGCCCAGUUUGGCCGUCCACUCGUUCUGUCUGCCGCUGUUCCACCGGCGCAGUCGGCUAGAGCUGUAUCUGUAUGGAGCUGCCGUGGUGUUUAUCGUGGUGUAUCUGGUGGAGGAAGUCAUCACCAUCCACAAGGAAAAGAAGAACUAUGUCAGGAAUGUAUUCAAUCUCCUUAGCUUUGGCCUCAAGUCCAUGUUUCUCUUCCUUAUCUUGCUUCUGUACAUCCAGCUCAGAAUGGCCAAGGAAAUUCUUGGCUUUUACCUCAAGAACUCGGAGGAUUUCACCCCAUUUCAUGCCAUUUCUCACAUGGACCAGGUACUUCGCAUCACUCUGGGAUUCCUGGUCUUUCUGACCAUUCUGAAGACACUGAUGUAUUCUAGAUUCUUCUACAAUGUGCGGCUGGCCCAGAAAGCCAUCCUGGCAGCCUUGCCGGGCAUCUUCCACAUGGCCCUCCUGGUAGGCGUGUACAUCUUUGUGUACGUGGUCUUUGGCUACCUCGUGUUUGGCCAGCACCAAUGGCAUUAUAACAGCAUCAUUCACUCCACCCAGACCAUUGUCUCCUACUGCGUUUCGGCCUUCGAGGACACAGCAUUUUUAAGUAAGCAGGUCCUCGGGGGCCUGUUCCUGUCCUCAUUUAUGCUGGUGAUGAUUUGUGUCUUAAUUAACCUGUUUCAGGCUGUGAUUCUGUCUACCUACGAGGAGAUGAAGCAGCUUGUGUAUGAGGAGCCAGCAGCAGAAGCAGAGGCAGCGACCUACCUCUUCCACAAGAUGAGGAACCUUUUCCGAUUCCUCACCUGCAGGGCACCCGCCCACGAGGAGCCUGCCUACUUCACUGACAUACUCUAUGGCCAUCCAGAGAAUAAAAGCUACCGGUACUUGGGGCUUAAAACCAGAAGCAUCAAUGGGAAGAGAAUGACUUACGUGGUAGUGUGAGGGGGGACCAUUCCAAGUCCCUGCCAGCCCCUGGCAGGAACAAGCCAGUCCUUGGCCUUAGGCCCCCAGGCCCCUGAACUCAGGUUUCUAUUAGGGUAAGAGGGCAGCUAAGGAUGCCUAAGAAAUGUGUGAGUUGGGUAGAGAUCAUCUUCCUUGUAACAAACAUCCUGGCCUGGUUUGUCCCUAUUGGACUCUGAAGAGCUCUGUGCAACUGUCUGCGCAUCCUGGGGAAGGCCACCUUAGCUGGUGUCCUCAUUUUCCAUCCCUCUGUGUGUCAUAGGAAAGCUGUGGGCCUAGGUUUCCACCAGCUCUAGCUCCCCUUCCUAUGCGACAUCUUCCUUCUGAGGCACAGCCCUGACAGACUCCCUAGGGGCACAAGGCUGGAGCAGGGGCUCCCUCAAGGAUGCAGGGGCCCCAGAGGGCUUCCUCAGCAGGCCAGGGCAAUUAAGCACCACCAUUCCACCCUCAGACCUCCUCAAUGGGCAGAUGGCUUCAGGGCAGGAGAGGUUGCAAUGGAAGUGUCCACAUAUUAUAGCCUCUUUCUCUGGAAGGCUAAAAAAGCAUUAGGGGGCUGCAGUCACGUACAGAAUCACUUGGGCAAAUCUCUACUGUUUCUGGCUAAGGUCUAUAUGUUAAGUGUUUUCUAGACAAGAAACCAGGCUCUUGCAAAAGGGAAUUUUUAACAAAACCUUAUAAAUAUGUUCCCUGUGGUUAUGACCCUAUGACCUUUUUCUCUUCCAUGGACACAUGCAGGAGUGGUCUGAUGGCGUGCCGUGGUCAUAGCUCAGUCUGUUCCUUAGACAGCAGUUCAGGCAACAUGAAGGAAAAAGAAACUCCCAAGAAGGGUCUCUGUUUCCUAUUUUUGUGAAGUCCAGGCACCGCUGUAUUCUGUGUUCACUCUUCUUAGAGACCACUUUCGGUAUUUGUAACUUUAA